AAGAUUAUUGAGCUUAGUUUCAUGUACAUAACAAGAUUAAUUUUUUGACAAUAUCAAAAGACGAUUUUUCCCAACAGGUCGUAUAGUUUUACAGUGUUUAACCUUAAUAAAACAUUAUGGGCUGCGAAUGCUACCAGCAGUCUCCGUAUCAAAUUGCUGGUUCAGUUUUAAGUGGAAUUGUUACCGGGUUGUUCAUUCCGGCAAUGACAGUUGUGGGGUGGCACCAUACGAGUUUUGCCACAUUUGGACUGUACCGGUCAUGCUUUACAUAUUUCACCAAACAGUGCAUUGGAACUGUGUGGAACCUGGUGCCUGGCCUAGAUGCAGCCCGCAUACUCUUCAUAAUUGCCGCUUGUAUUCUGGGUUUAAAACUCUUUAUUAGCUUUGGAUUUUGCAUAACGAAGAAAUAUGGUCCUCUUAUUUUAGCGCUUGGUGUUUGCGACUUGGUUGGAGGGCUUGUUAUUUUGAGUGGCUGCAUCGCAUACAUAGUGACAUUCGCACCCAUUGUCAGGAGUAGUGCCAACGAUGCUUCGUUUGGUGUCGCUUUUUAUCUCGGUUGGUUUGCUGGCCCGUUUUCUGUUGCUGCUGGGAUUUGCAACAUUUAUGCUGGAAAGCUAAUUGGACAACAACAGUGUGGAGUCAACGUUUCUCAUAAGGCGUAGAACGUUCGACACCGCCUUCAACUCACUGUAUUUUAUUCUAGCUUACGUGCCACAACUUUUGUUUCGCAAAUACUAAAUUUUCUCGAUUUUUGAGUUCUUUAGAAAGCAUUAUUUUCAUCAUUUACUUCAAUUUGGAUCAAUUAAUGUUUAAAACUUUUCGGUAAAGUUAGAUCCGGAAUAAAAAAACUUUGACAUUUUCGAUUUAAUUUUUUUUUUAUAUAUUACCUUUGUAUAAAUAUAUUGAUACGAAUAACUGUUUAUGUAAUUGCGUAGUCGCUUAAUAAAACACAAGAAUUCUUUUCGGAAUAUUUUUGUAUAAGGGACUUUUAAGGUGGGGUGAGGUGAGACAUGGGGCAAGUUGGAACACAAUUUUAAAUUUUUAAAGUGGGACACCCGG